AGUGAGCCAAGCUGGGAGGGAAGAUCACAGUCCCAGAGCCAAUAAAACACUCAUUGAGCCAGAGAGACACACUGCACAUAGCUGAACUCUGCAAAGAGCCUGUGAGUGAGAGUGUGUGUGUGUGUGAGAGAGAGAGAGACUUGUAAGUAUCACAAUGAGGGAAAUUGUACACAUCCAGGCAGGCCAGUGUGGAAACCAAAUUGGAACUAAGUUUUGGGAAGUGAUCAGUGAUGAACAUGGCAUCAACCCAGCAGGAGGCUACGCUGGUGAUUCAGCAUUGCAGCUGGAGAGAAUCAAUGUCUACUAUAAUGAAUCAUCCUCACAGAAAUAUGUACCCAGAGCAGUCUUAGUGGACUUGGAGCCAGGAACCAUGGACAGUGUGAGAUCUGGUCCUUUUGGUCAACUGUUUCGACCUGAUAAUUUCAUCUUUGGACAAACAGGUGCAGGAAAUAACUGGGCCAAAGGACACUAUACAGAAGGAGCAGAGCUGGUAGAUUCAGUGCUUGAUGUUGUAAGAAAAGAAUGCGAACAUUGUGAUUGCUUGCAAGGAUUUCAGCUCACUCAUUCCCUUGGAGGAGGAACGGGUUCUGGCAUGGGAACGCUACUCAUCAGCAAAAUCAGAGAGGAAUAUCCAGAUAGGAUAAUGAAUACAUUUAGUGUCAUGCCCUCUCCAAAAGUCUCUGACACAGUGGUGGAGCCUUAUAAUGCUACACUCUCAGUCCACCAGCUGGUUGAAAAUACAGAUGAAACCUACUGCAUUGAUAAUGAAGCUUUGUAUGACAUUUGUUUCCGCACCCUGAAGCUCACCACCCCAACGUAUGGAGAUUUAAACCAUUUGGUGUCUGCUACAAUGAGUGGAGUAACUACAUCAUUGCGUUUUCCAGGCCAGCUAAAUGCUGACCUUCGAAAACUGGCAGUAAAUAUGGUGCCAUUCCCACGCCUUCACUUUUUCAUGCCAGGGUUUGCUCCUUUGACAGCCCGAGGCAGUCAGCAAUACCGAGCACUCACUGUUCCAGAGCUCACUCAACAGAUGUUCGAUGCCAAAAACAUGAUGGCAGCCUGUGACCCAAGACAUGGACGAUAUUUAACAGUAGCAACAGUAUUCCGAGGUCCCAUGUCCAUGAAAGAGGUUGAUGAACAGAUGCUGGCCAUCCAAAACAAGAACAGCAGCUACUUUGUGGAAUGGAUCCCAAAUAAUGUCAAAGUGGCAGUUUGUGACAUCCCACCCCGUGGCCUCAAGAUGGCCUCCACCUUCAUUGGCAACAGCACAGCUAUUCAAGAGCUCUUCAAAAGGAUCUCUGAGCAGUUCUCUGCCAUGUUCAGGAGAAAGGCUUUCCUCCACUGGUUUACAGGAGAAGGGAUGGAUGAGAUGGAAUUUACAGAAGCAGAAAGCAACAUGAAUGACCUGGUUUCAGAGUACCAGCAGUACCAAGAAGCUACGGCAAAUGAUGGAGAGGAAACAUUUGAAGAUGAUGAGGAAGAGAUCAAUGAAUAAAAUUCUGUUUUACACACACUAGUCUCCAUCAAAAUUCUCAAAUCUGGAUUUUUAAAAUUAGUCUUAUAUAUCCAUAUUUAAGAUCCAUCCUCCUUUCUCCAAAAAAGAGAGAGAGGAGAAAAAGUAGCUUGAUUCUCAGAGGUGAUGAGUUUCCUUCAGCUUCCAUUGACUUCAGUGGGAACUGAGGGAGAUCAGCACCUCUGAAAAUCAUGCCACUUGUAUAUAGGAGGCUAAUUUUAGGCAUCCAAUUUUAGAAUUUUGGCCUAAAAGUUUAAAUACAGAGAUCACUAGAUUUGUCUAAAUAAACAAAACUUGUCUUCUAUGAAAAGUUGUACAAGAGGUAGAAUGGGGAUGGAAAGUCAUUUGAAAAUAGGGCUGUCCUGUUUUCAUCAAACUGUGAACAGCAGCAACAGCAAAAAUCUUGUGCGUCUUUGAAGUGUUAUUCUGUACUGAAUGUAUAGUACUUAUGUGCCAGGAGCGGAAUCUAUUCGUAAUAAAAGAAAAUUUAAUCAUG